AUGGCAAGGUGUCGACAGAAGGAGGAUGAGAGCCCGAACGCUUUCCAUUCGAGGCUGAGUGCCCUGGAAAAACUCCUCCCUGAGAAGCUCCCCGACCAAAUAAGUGCUCUCCUGUUUCAUACCCAUCUGGUCCCCGCUCUACAGAGACGGAUCGAGGAGCAGAUGGAAGUCGCGAAAACCCGCGACGAAGCGGUGGCGAUUGCCCAGCGAGUGUGGUCGGCAUCCCAGCCUUUAGGGCAAGCGAAACGCCAGAACAAUUUGAACGACCCUCCAUACCCUUCUAAACGGGGCCGGAAUGACACGAGCCCCCUGCAGGGAAGACCUCCCUCUCGUUCCUACCAGCAGGAAAAGGCGAAUCAACCUGGAUCCUCUAGUAAUUCAGCUCUCCGCUCGAGUACGGGAACUAAUCGACGAAACGGAUACGAAAAACGAGGAAGGGCUGUAGAUUCGGCGACGUCUCCAGCCCCCUGGCCUUACGUACGGAUAAAGUCGCGAUUCCAUACCCCUGCCGUUGUGGCGGGUUCGAUCCAGACCAAUAUCGAUCUGGACACGGGCGCCGAGUGCGACCUCGUCAGUAUCGAAUUCGUCCGUAAACAUAACUUCCACCCGGCCAAGGCCUCUGCUCCCCGCCUUGGCGCUGUGGGCGAAUUGAGAUGCCCUACCUACGGAUGCUAUACGGUCCCUAUUGUAUUGACCGAUUCCAGGGGGACUAUCCGCCGGUUCGAACGGGUUUGUAUAGCGGUAGAGCGGCGUCUCACGCCAGGAAGCAGCCCCGUACUCCUAUCCAUGACCUUUUUCGCCGACGUCGGCGUACAUAUCUAUAUCCACGACUCUACCUCUUUUUGGUUCGAGGUCAAUUCGAGGACAGUCCAACUUGUGUCGGCGCGCCAGUUCGAAAAAGAAGUGCGGAACUGCGCAUAUGUCUACGUCGUAGUCCGACUUCCAGAGGAAGUUUAA